AUGUACGCACCAGCUUCUUCAGCCCCUUUCGCCCGUGCCGCUCUCAACCCUCCCGUACGCUUCGUACCACCAUGUACAGCUCCAGCAAUUGUCAAGCAGGAACCAGAUAAUUCGGAACCAAUACUGAUAGGCAGUAACAGUCCCUCGCCCGAACCUCGAUCCAGCGUCGAAUCCCGCAAUCGCCUCUUCACGUCCCUCGAACUCGGCGAUCACAUCUUUCGAAGCCCACGAUCCAUCACGACUCCCGACGAUCUCGACGACACUGAACUGAAACGAUGCUUCGAUAUCCUUCACGCUUGCAGUCUUGCCACCGAGUUCAAUGCGACGCUCUCCAAGACGAAGGAUACAAUGGAGGACUUCCUAACGGCCAUCUUCAAGAAUUGGACAGGAGACGCGGGUGAACCGGACAAGCCAGCUAUGGACCUUGUGGUUCGUGAGUAUAUCAGCGCCAACCCGCCAAUCACCGAACCAGCUCCUCAUGCGGUGAAUCAUCAUCCUGCCGCACCCCAGUCUUUGGAAUCGCCACUUAUCGAAGUCGACCAGCACAACUCAGCAUCAGCUUCUCCACCACGGAACCAGAGCAAGGCUCAAGUCAAGAUGCGCAAGACUUCUUCUGCCCGAUGGAACGCACUGAUGUAA